GUAUACUGUUAUGGGAAAUAUUUUCCUUUGGACAUGACCCUUAUCCUGGGAUGAAGUGUGAAGAGAUGAUGGCGAAGGUCAAUGUUGGUAACAGGAUGGAAGCUCCUCCACGAUGUCCUAAGGCCAUUUAUGACGUAAUGAUGCUCUGCUGGCAACACGACCCUAAAUCAAGACCAUCCUUUCAAAGACUGUGUGAAUAUAUACAGAAGAUAAGAAAGAAUGAGUACAUCAGUAUCGGUAGCUGUGCCAAUAUAAGUGAUGAUGAAAACGACAGGGAGAAUAGCGACGACUACGACAACAAACAUCCUAUCUGGAAAUGUAAUGGGAACUAUGCUAUAGAAGAAGAUUCGGUGUAAUUUAUGAAGUGGGAGACAACGAAUGAACGUUUAAUUGAACAUCGGGUGUUGAGAGAAUAUAAGGAUUUUAGUACAACAUGCGGGUGUCAAGAGCAUGUGGA